UCAGCCGGUGCAAUUUGUGGUCUUGUGAGAGUUUUCGUUUUCUUCCAAGUGACAACUUUUAAUUUCAGAACGUUUGAAAAGUGCGAAAUUAAAUCCGGUUGAAUCCUUGUAAUUACUUUCUGAACAACUGAAGAAAAAUGUCGGCUUUCCCGGGUGCAUUCGCCUUCGACGAAUAUGGUCGUCCUUUCAUAAUUUUACGCGAACAGGAUCGCGAGAAACGCAUCACGGGUACCGAUGCCAUCAAGAGCCACAUCUUGGCCGCUCGCCAAAUCGCCUCCACCCUGAAAACGUCGCUCGGUCCAAAAGGUUUAGAUAAAAUUAUGGUAAGCGCUGAUGGUGAUGUGACCGUUACAAACGAUGGUGCGACUAUAAUGAAAUUAAUGGAAGUCGAUCACGAGAUUGGCAAGCUGAUGGUUCAGCUGUCACAAUCACAGGAUGACGAAAUUGGUGAUGGCACAACUGGCGUUGUUGUUUUGGCAGGCGCUUUGCUCGAACAGGCAGAAAGUCUCAUCGACCGUGGCAUUCACCCCAUUCGUAUUGCCGAUGGUUUCGAAUUGGCUGCUCAAUGCGCUGUGAAGCAGUUGGAGGCUAUCGCAGAGCCCUUCCCUAUCGAUCCACAAAACAAGGAACCAUUGGUACAGAUUGCCAUGACAACACUUGGCAGCAAGAUCGUCAAUAAAUGUCAUCUGCAAAUGGCAACCAUGGCCGUCGAUGCUGUGCUGAACGUAGCUGAUAUUGAGAAAAAGGAUGUCAAUUUUGAGCUAAUCAAAAUCGUGACUAAGGUUGGUGGUCGCAUGGAGGAUUCAAUGUUAGUCAAAGGUGUAGUGGUUGAUAAGACAAUGAGUCAUGCACAAAUGCCUAAAGUCUUGAAGGAUGUAAAACUUGCUAUCCUCACCUGCCCAUUCGAACCACCAAAGCCCAAGACAAAGAAUAAGUUGGACAUCACAUCGGCGGAAGACUACCGUGCACUGCGUGAAUACGAACAAGAGAAAUUCGUGCAGAUGGUGAAGCAAGUGAAAGAUGCUGGUGCCACUUUGGCUAUUUGUCAAUGGGGAUUCGAUGACGAAGCUAACCAUUUGUUGUUGCAACACGAAUUGCCUGCUGUGCGUUGGGUGGGUGGCCCCGAGAUUGAGUUGAUUGCUAUUGCUACAGGUGGCCGAAUUGUACCACGCUUCGAGGAGUUAACACCCGAAAAAUUGGGCACCGCUGGAUUGGUGCGUGAGCUAUCAUUUGGUACUUCUAAGGAGAAAAUGUUGGUCAUUGAGGAGUGUAAGAAUUCCAAAGCAGUAACUAUCUUCCUGCGUGGUGGUAACGCAAUGAUUAUUGCCGAGGCCAAGCGUUCUAUACACGAUGCGUUGUGCGUGGUCCGGUCUUUGAUUAAGGAUAAUCGCAUUGUAUAUGGUGGAGGCGCUGCUGAAAUCAGUUGCUCUCUCGCUGUUGCCAAAGAAGCCGAUCAAUUGUCUACUUUAGAGCAAUACGCUUUCCGUGCAUUCUCAGUGGCUCUUGAGAAUAUUCCGCUGGCUUUAGCUGAAAAUAGUGGUUUGCAUCCUAUCGAAACACUGUCGGAGUUAAAGGCACGUCAAGUAGGUGAGAAGUGUCCUAGCUUGGGAGUUGAUUGCAUGCUCUCCGGUGAUUCGGACAUGAAAAAUCAUAAUGUUGUCGAAUCGCUGCAUUCCAAGAAACAACAGAUUCUCUUGGCCACACAACUGGUGAAGAUGAUACUGAAAAUUGAUGAUGUACGCUCCAAGGAUUCACAAUAAGUGUGCAAAUAAAUACGAACAGCAUUAAUACAUAAAUAUCUACACACAAACUCAUCA